AUGAACGGCGAUAGCUAUUCCAGAGACGGUGGCCGAUCCAGCGGAUCGCGCAACUACUCCUCGAGAGAUGACCAUCGCGAUCGCGGCGAACGGGGCGACCGUGGUGGCGACAGGCGCCGCCGUCGUUCUCGCUCCCCACGCCAUGGCGGAGGCUCCCGCCGCGACUACGAGGUAGACACGUACUCUUCCAGCCGCGACUACCGCGAGCGCGAGCGCGAAGACACAUACGCCCGCCGUGAGCGUCGCGAUGACCGGGGCGAGCGUGGAGCAGAGCGUGGUGCCGAGCGCGGUGCUUGGGGCGAUUCCUACUCCCGACGCGACCGACCUCGAGGAGGCGACCGCGACCGCGACGACGACCGUGGCCACCGACGGGAACGCGGAGACCGCAACGAAAGGGGCGGCGACCGAUUCGGAGGCGAAGAGCGCAGAGGCGGACGAGGAGGACGCGAUGGAGGCUUUGGCGGCGGACGUGAUAGGAUGCGUGCGCAAAAAGAGGAGUCUCCGCCAUUCAACAAGCCGCGCGAGGCUACCCCCGAUCUCACUACCUUCACCAACAUCCAGAAGCGCGAGCGUCGCAUGACGCAAUGGGACAUCAAGCCUGCAGGUUACGAGAACAUCACCGCCGAGCAGGCCAAGCUGUCGGGCAUGUUCCCGCUGCCGGGAGCUCCUCGCGCUGCACCCAUGGACCCGUCCAAACUCGCCGCCUUCAUUUCGCCCUCCGCAGGAACCGCCACCGCUGCUGCCCUUGCGACAUCCGGCGCGAAGCAAUCGAAGCGUCUCUAUGUCCACAACCUGCCCCAGGGCUGCACUUCCCAAGAGAUUAUGGAGUUCUUCAACAACCAGCUCAACGGUCUCAAUGUCGUAUCUGGCAACGACCCCUGCCUGUCUGCCCACAUCGCUACGAGCAAGGAAUACGCUGCAUUGGAGUUCAAGGCAGCCGAAGAUGCGACCCUCGCGCUCGCUAUGAACGGCAUUUCCAUGCGUGAUGACGGAGGCGCACCUGAUAGGUCGGGUCUGUCUAUCCGCCGUCCCAAGGACUAUAUUACUCCCACCGCCGACGAGAACGCAUACCCACCUGGCGAUGAGGUUUCAUCUGUUGUCAAGGACAGCCCGAACAAGCUGAGCAUCGUCAACAUCCCCACAUACAUCGAAGAGGAGCAGAUUCGAGAGCUCGUCGAGACUAUGGGCAAGCUCAAGGCCUUCACUUUGGUCAAGGAUACUGGUACCGACCAGCACCGCGGUAUUGCAUUCUGCGAGUAUGCUGACAACGGAGUCAUCGACGCCGUCAUCGAGGGUCUCAACGACAUCCCACUCGGCGAUGGUAACCUCAAGGUUUCGCGCGCAACUGUCGGACUUCAGCAGACGACUGGUCUCGACGGUGGAGUUGGAGCCAUCUCAAUGUUGGCAGGAGCCAGCGCUGCUGAGAACCACGAGCACAGCCGUGUCAUCUGCCUGAUGAACAUGGUCACCUCGGACGAGCUGCUGAACGAUGAUGAAUACGAAGAAAUCAAGGAGGACAUCGAAGAGGAGUGCGGCAAGUACGGACCCAUUAUCGAGACCAAGAUCCCCCGCCCCGCUGGUGCCCGCGUCAACCUCGGUGUUGGCAAGAUCUACAUCAAGUACAAGGACACAGAGUCUGCGCAGAAGGCUAUCAAGGCGCUUGCCGGUCGUCAGUUCUCCCGGAGAACGGUUGUCGCGACAGAGUUCUCUGAGGAGGGCUUUGACGUUGAUGCCUGGUAG